CUUGAAUGUGUGGAUUGAAAUGAUUACAACUAGUGUUCUAGAACUCUGCCGGCAUCAACAUUUGGAAUCUUCUGAACAUUCUAAGUAGCGCAAAGUAGAACACUGAGGGAGAAGUCAAGUCAGUCUGACCUGGCAACACCAGAGAUAACAUUGAGAGAGAUCUUUCUGCUGGCGAUUCUGCACUUAUUCAUCAAUCAUCUGUUUUCAUAAUUGUUUGAUAUUGUUAAUAUUGUUUCCUCAUCUAUUACUACAAAAGGACUAAAGAGGAGUCUAUUUUAAACAUCUUUAGAUCAAAUAGAAGCCUAUUUGAAGAUGGAGGUGAGAGGAGAGUUGAGAGGAGAACGUGGCUGCUUCAUGGAAGCCAUGAGAGCCAUCUUCAACUCCAUCCGAGACCGGCUCAGACCAAGGAGAACCCGACAGACGACCAAGAAUUAUAGGAUCUGUUGCACUCUGCCGUGGCCAAGAUCAAGUCAGAGAAAGAGAGAAACCUGAAGAAACAACUGUCAUCUGGGCUGAACACCAGGUUGCCCAAGAGAAACCGCUCAGCUAACGUUAAAAUGGCUAACGUGGACACUGCUGAGAGAAGGGUGCAGGAAGUUGGAGCUCCAGGAGAACUCAAGGAAAGACUGAAGUCUCAUGUACGGGCUUUUAGAGUGAGGCGUAAGCCAUACUGGGUGCCCCAGAGAGGCUGGGGACAAAACAACAUGAAUGACAUGAACACGGAGGACACUCAGGCAAGAAAGGAUCUUCGGCCUACUGAAGCAGCCAGUGAGAAGGUGAACGUGGAGAAUACUCUGGUUGAGGAGGAUCUUCAGCCUGAUGAACCAGUUCUUCAGCCUGCUGAGCCAGCCAGCUGGGUUAUGGGCUACGGCCAGAUGUGGCGGGAAAUGACCGAGCAAGAUGGCCCUGUGCUUUGCAGCAACGUGCCCAUCAUACACUCCGGUUCUGGUUCCAGAGACCAUUUCCCAGCUGAAUGGGCCCUUGACCACCUGAUGGAGGAGCAGAGGGCAUCAGCGAACAAGGAGGGACCAGUCAGUGAGAGGGCAAAUAUGGAGGAGACUGAGGCCAAAGAGGAUGUGCAGCCUGGUGAACCAGCAAGUAACCUUUUCAAUUUCUUUCUAAAAGGCUGGGUUGUGGCCUAUGGCCAGAUGUGGCGGGAAAUGACCGAGCAAGAUGGUCCUGUGCUUUGCAGCAACAUGCCCAUCAUAUACUCUGGCCCUGGCUCCAGUUAGCAUUUCCCAGCUGAAUGGGGCCUUGACCACCUGAUUGCUUGACCUAGCAAAUGAUCAUGGGAACACCUCUAAUUAUAGGUGGCUGGGCUUUGUGAACGUGGACAGGCUGGUAGAGCACGGGGAGCAGGACAGGUCAUUGUGGACAGCCAAGAGACAUCUACUGUCAAGCAACAUCUACUGUCCUUCAACUGCUCAGAUGCCCUUCAACUGGCCUACGUUAUAUUACAUCAUUAUUACAUUAUUAUUAUUACUACUGUUAUGAUGUAUUAAAUUAAUAUCUCAUUACGAUUCUACAUCAAAUAAAUAUGUUUACAUACAGAUUAAACUGUCUUCAAGCGUGUGUGUAUGGGUGAGUUUGCUUCUAUGAAGGCAUGAAAUAGAACUGAACUGAGGAGUAGUUACUUUCUGAUGACUUAAUUGGGUUCUGCAGCUCUAAGUGCUACUUGCCAAAUUCAGGCAAUAAUAAAGAUGAAAAACCUACAUAUUAGUAGUCAAUAUGGUGGACAAGAGAUAACUAAGAGAAAAAAAUAGAUCUAAGAUGUCACAAGAAAGAGUCUUGGGCCUUACAGUUGUUUAAAACCUAGCAGACAGAAGAUGUGCAUGGUUGUGCAGCAAACUGUGUUAUGUGAAAUUAUUGCUGUUUUUGCAGUGCACCAUCAUGUGCAGUAACAGCAGUGGGGUCUGUGCUCAAUGUAAUGCAAACUGCAAUUAGAAACAUGU